UUGCACUUUGUCGAUGCCUCGUCUGCUCGUGACGCAAGGGCUGCCAGCCACCAUAACGGUACUGGCUUGAUCAUCACGUCGCAUGAGGGUUGCAACGCAGAGGGCGAGCGUUCGGUAUACCGCGUAAACGACGUGACUUUUGCCAAGGAUGGAGAAGCACUUGAGGCAUCCGUUACGAAGACAACAUGGCAAGACGCCUUCGAUCACGUGAACAUAACAUUCGGCCACACCACCGAAGACCACUUCUACCGCCGCCACGCCGACUUUGCCAGGAUCCGGAGCAAGCGCCAGAACCGCGUCAGCAUUCCAGAAAACACACCCGACAAUGUCAACACGGUUACCUUUGACCUGAACACUGAGGUGCUUGACAAGACGUUCGGUGCUGCGGAUAUCUUGGACAUUAUUGGAAAUUUCCUGCCACUCCCAGAUCUCCCUGUCAAUGUCCCCAUUGAGGUUGGAUGUAAGAGGUGUGCUACCACGGGAAAACUGGCUCUGUCGCAAGGAGCAUUCCAUAUUGACCUCUCGAAAAUCGACUUGAUCCCCGAUAUCUUCCAAGGUGGCGAUGAUGGCAAGGAGAUUUCAAGCGUUAUCACUGGCGGUUUCGUGGAGCUUCAGGCCAUUGGCGUCGGUGCGCGACUAGAGCUCUUUGCGCGCCCUACCAGCAACGGCAUGCUCGAAGUCGCUCUUUUCCAGGUUCCCAUUGCCGGUUUCACCAUCCCCGGCAUCGGCCAAGCCGGCGCUGUUUUCGAGCCUCGAGUCCGCUUCGAGUUCCAAGUCAGCGGCGGGCUCGAAGUCACUGCAGGCCUUGAUCUCAAAGUCCCCGAUGGCUCCAGUCUCCGCGUCGAACUAACAAACCUCGGUAACAGCAAGGUUGUAGGCUUCCAGGAUACCAGUCUCACGCCACUGCCCGUGAACGUGAACCUUACCGAUGUCGAUAUCAUUCUUGGUCUUGCAUUCAAGCCUGCUAUUCCGAUCGGCUUUAAUUUUUUCAACCAGAUCAAGGCUGAAGUCACGACUAGUUUGGAACUCCCUCGUCUGGACGCUAAGCUCUCGAGCAACGUUGCUGGAAACUGCAACAAGGGCCGCAACGGCGUCUCUGCACCACCAGCUGCCGCUGCAAUGUCAGUCAAAAACCACACCGCGAGGCAGUUGCCCAGCCCUCCCCUCAGCCUGGGUCCGAUUGCUCUGGUCCAAGCCAAUGUCUCUGUCUCAUGCGACAUUGCUCUUGAUGUUUCGAUCCCGAUUCUGCCUCCGCCGUUCAACGCCGUCAAUGUCGAGAAGAACAUCUUCAAGGCGCAGCUCGAGCUGGUCAAGGAGUGUACAGCAGCG